AUGGAGAAGGCCGACUACAAGACCGACUACAAGACCGAGACUGACUUUCGUCAUGUUGAAGAGGUCCCAGAACGCCGACGGUCCUCCGUCGUUGCCAUCCCUGAGCACACGUCGAAGCCAGUCUGGGAGCAAAGGCAAACGUAUGGCCCUGCUGGCAUUCGUGGUGUCUUCACCUCUCGAUACGUCCUCGCCGCUGCCGCCUUUGCCACCCUGGGUGGUACACUCUUUGGCUACGAUCAAGGCGUCGUUUCCAUCACUUUGGUCAUGCCUCAGUUCCUUGACCAGUUCCCCGAGGUUGAUCCCACCAACACCGGCUCCAGUUUCAGAAAGGGGUUGUUGACGGCCAUGAUUGAACUUGGUGCAUUUCUCGGCGCCAUGAAUCAAGGCUGGAUUGCCGACAAAAUCUCGCGAAAAUGGUCUCUCCUCCUCGCUUCUUGCAUCUUCCUCGUCGGCUCGGCUUUGCAGGUCGGAUCCGUCAACUUUGGCAUGUUGACUGCCGCACGGUUCAUUGGCGGCAUUGGUGUCGGCAUGUGCGCAAUGGUUGCUCCGCUCUAUAUCUCCGAGAUCUCACCACCUGAGAUUCGCGGAACGCUGUUGGUGUUGCAAGAGCUGAGCAUCACUACCGGAAUCGUCAUCGCUUUCUACAUUACGUACGGCACUCGUUACAUCCCGAGCGACUGGUCCUGGCGGGCUCCGUUCCUCAUUCAGAUGACGCCAGCCAUCUGCUUGGCCCUCGGCGUCAUGUUUCUCCCCUACUCUCCUCGAUGGUUGUGCCAACAAGGCCGCGACGAGGAAUCACUCCGAACUCUGUCCAAGUUGCGACAAGUCCCCAAGGACGACCCAAGGGUCCUGCAAGAGUGGUACGAAAUCCGCUCCGAAGUCGCGUAUCGCAAGGAAAUGGGGCGAGAGAAAUAUCCCCAUCUGCAAGACGGAAGUGUCAUUUCGCGACUCAAGCUGCAAGCCAAUAACUGGGCGGAUACCUGGAGAGGCCGUGCUUGGAGACGUACUCAAGUCGGCGUGGGCUUGAUGUUUUUCCAGCAGUUUGUCGGCAUCAACGCUCUGAUCUACUACAGCCCAACCCUGUUCGCUACAAUGGGCCUGCCAUACGAAAUGCAGCUGACCAUGUCGGGCGUGCUGAACGUAUGCCAAAUGGUGGCCUGCAUCUGGAGUCUGUGGGGCCUGGACAGGUUCGGUCGUCGUAAGCUGCUUCUCGUCGGCGGUGUCUGCAUGUUCUGCGCACACUUUACGAUUGCCGUGCUGGUCGGCCUCUAUCACGACAGCUGGCCCACGCACAAGGCGGCAGGGUGGGGAGCGGUUACCUGCCUGCUGUUCUUCAUGCUUACCUUUGGAGGCACAUGGGGACCUAUUCCAUGGGCUAUGCCUGCCGAAGUCUUCCCGUCCAGCAUUCGUGCAAAGGGGUGUGCACAAGCUACCAUGUCCAACUGGGGCAACAAUUUCAUCAUCGGUCUCAUCACGCCGCCGAUGAUCAAUGGCAUCGGGUUCGGCACCUACGUCUUCUUCGCCGCAUUCUGCCUGAUUGCUCUCGUCUGGGUCUGGUUCUUCAUUCCUGAAACCAACGGCCGUACGCUUGAGCAAAUGGACGAUGUCUUCAAGGACAACCAGUCGACGCAGGAACAAGCUCGUCGAGCACGGAUUGAGAAAGAGCUCAUUGAACAAGUGGUGGAUGCAUGA